AUGGAUCGCUUCCCUUCUUCGUUUCGAAAAUCUUUAAAGUCUCACGUUUCCUUUAAAAAACAACGACCAAGAGGAAUCUACGGUAGUAAUGCGGAUGACGACGAUCACGAAGAGGACUACCGCCCAAUACUCUUCGCCAACCGCCACCGCGACGACGUCACGAAUUCUUCCGAUGAGGGCUCCUCCAUCAUGAAGCGUUCUUCCCUCAAUCCCGACGACGACCGGCCUGAGGUCGUCGUCAAGAUAGAUGGUGAUAGCAGCAGCAGUACGAGUCGCGGCGUGGUAUGGGACGACAAUUUGGGAGGUGAUGGAAUUAGAGGGGUCCAGCGCAGCAAGAGCAAAAGCAAGGAUGCGUCGGAGGAUCCGCCGUCGAGGUUGAUAGGGCAGUUUUUGAAUAAGCAGAAGGUGGGUGGGGGUGAUAUGUGCCUGGACAUGGACUUGGAGAUGGAUGAGUUGCAGCGUCAUCGUCGUCACAGCGGUAACGACAGCAGUUGUUCCGCCACACCCCCUGAUCAUCACCAACACAACAACAUUCAUAGUAAUCAAACCACUAAUCGCGUUCCUACCACGUCCAGAGAUCUAAAAGUUCAAUUCCUGCAGGCGGGGGCGGGGUGUUCAACGCCAAGCAGAGUGGUAGAUAUCAUCGCGGCGGAGGCGGAUCAAGCUGAAAACGAGCAAAAUGCAGAGAAUUCCUCAUCAUCGUCAACGUCGGAUGAUGAUGAAGGAGGAAGGGUGAUUGAACAUCAACCGCAAUACAGCAGGAGAAGGGCAUCGGGCGUGAUUUCGAGGCGUCAUGAGAUUGGAGACGAGCAAGUGGUUAGAUGCACUUCUUCGUUCCAGAGGAGGGCUGGUAACUCCUUCGCGUCGAGGAUGAUCAGUACUAAAACAAAGUCGAGGCUAAUGGACGAGCCGCCUAAUGUGGCGGAGAUCAAGAAGUCGGCGAGGUUCGGGAAGUCGGUUCCGAUGAGGUCAGAAAUGAUGGGGAGAGGAGGAGGUGGAGGUGGAGGUGGAGGUGGGGGAGAAGAGGUUGAAGAAGAGGAUCCUCUGUUGGAUGAGGAUAUUCCGGAUGAGUUAAAGAAAGAAAAGUUGAACGCCUUGACAGUGAUUCAAUGGGCGAGUCUUGUGAUCAUAGUCACGGCUCUGAUUUGCACGCUGAGGAUUGGGAAGCUCAAGGGGCUGAGGCUGAGGGGGCUGAGGCUGUGGAAGUGGGAGGUGCUAAUUCUUGUACUCAUAUGCGGGAGACUGGUAUCGGGGUGGGCAAUAAGGGUGGCGGUGUUCUUCAUAGAGAGGAACUUUUUGUUAAGAAAAAGGUUGUUGUAUUUUGUGUACGGAGUGAGGAAGGCUGUACAGAACUGCAUAUGGUUGGGGCUGGUGAUCGUAGCGUGGCGCUCAAUGUUUGACAAGAGAUUGGAAGGGAAUAAUGAGUUUCUGCAGAUGGUGAAUAAGUUGAUGGUGUGCAUGCUGAUAGGGAUAAUGUUAUGGCUAGUUAAGACGCUGAUGGUUAAAGUGCUAGCGUCUUCCUUUCAUGUCAGCAAAUUCUUCGACAGAAUUCAAGUGUCGCUGUUCAACCAGUACGUAAUAGAGACUCUGUCGGGGCCAGCCUGGAUUGAGAUACAGCGUCAGAGGGAAGAGGAGGAGAGGAUAUUGGCAGAGGUGAGGAAGCUACAGAGUGCUGGGGCGAGGUUGCCUCCGGAACUCAAGCCGGCGGGGGCUGCUUUUAACAGAAUCAACAGUAAUAGUAAUAGUAAUAAUAGUAACAAUAGUAAUAAUAGUAAUAUAGGAAUAGGAGGAGGAGGAGGAAAAUCUGCACACAUGAGAGGAGGAGGAUCAGAGGAGCAUGGAGGAGGAGUUGCAGCUGCAGCUGCUCCUGCUCCCGCUAUAUCAAUUGAUCAUCUACACAAGUUAAACCCCAGGAAUGUUUCGGCCUGGAAUAUGAAGAGGUUGGUGAAAAUAGUGAGGCACGGGGUACUGUCUACCCUGGAUGAGCAAAUAAAUUGUACCGCACAAGAUUACGACGACUCCGCUAACCAGAUCAGAAGCGAAUAUGAAGCCAAAAUUGCUGCAAGAAAGAUAUUUCGAAAUGUGGCCAAGCCAAAGUCCAAUUUCAUCGUCAUGAACGACCUGAGGCGCUUCUUGCUUGAAGAGGAGGCUGUGCAGGUUAUGAAUCUGCUGGAUGGAUCACCCAAUUGCGAAAGGAUCAGCAAAGCAUGCCUUAAAAACUGGGUGGUAAAAGCAUUCAGAGAAAGAAGAGCACUGGCCUUGACGUUGGACGACACUAAAACAGCUGUGAAGAAACUACACCAGAUGCUGACCGUGUUAGUGGCCGUCAUCAUUAUUCUCAUCUGCCUCGUAAUACUUGGGAUCGCCACCAGCAGGGUUCUACUUUACAUAAGCUCUCAGGUUGUGAUUGUGGCAUUUAUAUUUGGGAACACGUGCAAGACAGUCUUCGAAGCCAUAAUCUUCUUAUUCGUGGUGCAUCCAUUCGACGUUGGGGAUCGGUGCGAGGUGGACGGAGUUGAGCUCAUAGUGGAAGAAAUGAACAUCUUAAGCACCGUGUUCCUCAGAUUCGACAACCAGAAGAUAGUGUACCCAAACAGCAUUCUAGCAAUGCGGCCUAUAGGCAACUUCUACAGGAGUCCAGACAUGGGAGAUGCGGUGGAUUUCCUAGUCCACAUGGCCACGCCCAUGGAGAAGAUCAAAGCCAUACAUCAGAGAAUAGUAAACUAUGUGGAGAACAAGAAGGAGCACUGGUACGCGUCGCCAAUGGUGGUGAUGACCAGCAUGCCGGAUGUGCACAAGGUCAAAAUGUCUGUGUGGCUCAGACACAGAAUCAACUGCCAGGACGCGGGAGAAAGGUGGGGACGAAGAUCUCUGUUGAUUGAAGAGCUGGUUAAAAUAUUCAAGGAGAUAGACAUAGACUACCGCCUUUAUCCCAUGGACAUUAAUGUCAGGGCUAUGCCUCCCAUUCAGUCCACCCGACUACCGCCUAAAUGGCAACCUCCCAAUCAUAAUCCCAUUAUGCCCAUGACUGCUGCCGCUGCUGCCACCGCCGCCUCCGCCUCCGCCUCCUCCUCCGACGCCGGACUGCCCCCAAUUAAUUACAGUAAUUCAUUAUAACUAACUUAUUAACACUCCCUACUUACCUCUCAGCUCAUCUAUUACUUACAUAUAUAAUACCUAAUACCAGCUUCCAUCUUUACGUACUUCAAUCUACAUCACGUAACUACACUACAUCUCUCUAUAUAUAUAUAUGUGUGUGUGCGCGCCGGCAGAUC